GCUGACGUCACCGCGUAUUGAGGACGUACCUCGUUUGUUUGCCGGCCGGCUGUUUCUGUCUCUGCUGUUUUUAAACUUCUUAAUCGUAAGUGUUCUACUUGCUCUACUUUUAAUAAAUCCUGACGGUACUUCACUAUGUGAGUUUGUAUAUCUUUUAUUGGGACCUGGCUACCUGAUCUCUGGAUUGAAAGGACUAGCUUGGAACGCAUCUUUGCUGACAGCUGUAACACACUACCAUGCAUUAAUGAUCCCUUGAGGGUCGCUAAGUUCCGGUAAGGGUCAGUGUGUUUCUAUGGUGGUGGUGCUUCAGUUCUACUUCACAGUGUCUGUCAUUAUUAGUCACCGGGAGAAAGUCAGCGUGUCUGUUUGCCAUACGAUUUUUCACUAUUGUUGUUUUUCGUUUUUUUCUUUAUCUACUGGGCUGAGUCCAUUGAUGUGGGAACUUCUCAAUCGAUCUAUGUUGGAUCUUCACUUGGAUACAUCACGGAUUGCCUAGUUUGAUCCAUAAGGAUCUAUUCUUCUGAUAGAUGACUACAAGAGCUGACUAGCAACUCACCCAUCAGUCUUCAAACCCGAACUGAGGCUUCCGUAAGCAUGAAUACAAUCUUCGUUUUUUUGAUCUUGAGUGGUAUGGUAACUACAGGUUAUCUCACAACUGUAUGCAACAGAUGCUGGUCCCUUGACUCAACAGCAUGCUGCACAGAAAAGGAGGUUCAAUGUGAUGGAUCCCAGUGUAUGAUGCUCUCAGAAUAUUGCAAUAUCAGCAACGUAAUUUAUAAUUCAGUGAAGAAAACAUGUGCCAUUGAGUCAAUGUGUAAUGGUUGCUUCUCUGUAUCCACAAACCGUGACUUCUUUCACCGAGUUAGCGGUGAAUGUGGGUAUGGAGACUACAGCAAUGCUGAUAUGGAAUAUAAGGAACUGUGUCAUGAUCUAUUGUCACCGAAUGGCUAUAAGUGCCCAAGCUGCUAUAUAAAGGGAUCUACAGAGGGCUGUACGAGUAAAGAAAUGGUGCUUUGCCGUGGGAAUGAAUUGGAGUGUAUAGACUACAGGGGAGUUUUUCAAUUGCCCAGUAGUGAUGUGAUGGCGACUUCAGUAAAAGCUUGCAUUACGAAAGGCGGCUGUGAACUGGGAUUUAAAGCUGCAGUUGGAGCAAAGGAAAUAAAUGGGGUCAUGAUGAAGUGUACCCCCGCAAUACCAGUUCAUUCUGCUGGAGAUCAAUGACCAGUCAACCCAACUGCAAGCCAAGGCUGUGUCUUUGUUAGAAAAUUGCCGCACGUGAAAAUAAUCACAAGCUUUGCAUUGGAAAAUCGGCCAGAUGAAAACAGCCAUGGGUUCUAUCAACCAAUCGAUGUGCUAGGUGCAUGCUAAUAAAAUCUUCAACUCCCCAUA